UCCCUUCAAUAUGGUUGCACCGUCGAAAAUCCCUUUAUGUCUGCUUUGACCUGAAUGAAAAAAGCGCUGGCCCGAUUUAUAUUCCUGUGAUAUUUAUGACACGCUAAGCAAAGCCAAUCAAGAUGGAUUUUGGCUAUCUUCUGGAGAUUGCAAAACAAAAUGAGGAUGCCUCAAGGGAUUUGGCCAAACAAAAGCGAUUUUCAACUGAACUUUCUAAACCAAAAAAGCUUGAGAAGUCAAAAGUCAAGUCUGGCAAUAUCCAGAGAUUCCUCGCCCAAAGGGAGGCUGAGGAGAAGAAGAAGCAGGAGGAAGAGAGGAAGAAGAAAGAGACACUGCUGCACCUGCGCAGCGAACAGAAGGGCGCCAAACGGCGGGUGAGCGCCAUGCUGAACCGCACCAAAGGCGCCAACCGUUCCGUACUGGAGGACGCCAAGGACAAGUACAACACGGCUGCCACCAUCGACGGUGCUUACCAGCCAGACGAGGACGACUAUGGAUACGAGUCCAAGACGGCCACCGACAUGUACAGCAAGCUGCUGCAGCAGUACGAGAAGAUGCCUGACAAGGAGUACCUCAAACAGAAGAAGAAGACGAAGGCAAACGCGGAGCGCAGUCUCGACCUGGCCGCCACCAAGGCGCGCGUGAAACAGUCCCUGGAUAACCAGGAGGAGGAGGAGCGUAACAUGAAGGGCCACCGGCGGCGGCGGAAGCACGGCGAGUCCUCCUCGACGGCGACAGAGACGACCGCGCGGACCGCCUCGCCCACCGCCGGCCGCGCCACCGACGACGGUGGGGGUGGAAGCAAAAAGAAGAAGGCGCCUCCGGUGCGUCGCGGAGGCGCCCCUCCGCCUCCCGGCCUCGACUUCCACUCGAUCCUGGCUCUGGCGGCCGAGAAGCAGCACCAACCGAUCGUGGUGCCGGAGAAGCCGGCUGCCGACCCGGAGCAGCGGCCGCUCACCGCCCGCGAGAAGGCCGACCUGGAGGCCAGCCGGCAGCGCGAGCUGCGCAAACAGGGCAAACUGCCGCCGGCCAAACACAAGGACUACAACGACCUCCUGCCGCCGGAGAAACCCCGCCGCGGCUCAAAGAUACCCAAGAAGGAGGUGAAGUCAGAGGCGGUGGUGAGGGAGGAACCCGAACCGGAGCCGCGGCCCGGUCCGUCCGGCGCGCGGCCCGCCGAGAAACCCCGGCACAAGGACAGCCCGUCCCGACCGCCGGCGGCUGACGUACAGCGCAAACCGGCGCCGGAGGUGCGCCGGAGAGCGGCCUCACCACCGGACCCGCGGCGGCCCGGCCUGGCACCGCCGUCCACCUCCAAACGGAAAUCGUCCCCGCCGCCGCCGCCGUCAGCCAAAAAACACGCGCCGGAGGCCAAAAAGAAACCAGCGAUGGACGUGAAACCGAAGCAGUUCCCUCCUGCUGAUCUCAAACCGAAGCAGUUCCCUCCUGCUGACAUGAAGAGGAAGCAGUUCCCGCCGGCGGAUGUAAAGCGGAAGCAGUUCCCGCCGGCCGACCUGCAGCCGAAGCAGUUCCCGCCGGCGGACAUGAAGAAGCGUCGUUUCAACCCGGCCAACCUCAGCCGACAGCCGGCCAGACACAACCGUAUCGAGUCGGACGACUCGGAAUACGACUCCGAGAUGGACGACUUUAUCGACGACGGUCCGCAAGGAGACGAGAACGAUUAUUCGUCGGCCAUCAAACAGAUCUUCGGCUACGACAAGAGCAAGUACCGGGAUAUUGACGAGGACGACUCCGACAUGGAGGCCGACUUCAGCACCCUGAUGAGCGAGGAGGCCCGCUCGGCCCGCCUGGCCGCGCAGGAAGACGAGCAAGAGUUCCGAAAGGAAAUGGAACACAAAAAGCGCAAAAUGGCCAUGAAGAAACGUGCCAUGAUGGGACGCUAGGCGGUCGGUAGCUGGAAGCGACCCAUAUCGCUGGUUGGUCAUGAAGGGGCUUCCAGAGUAUGCUGUUGAGUGGGUUUGCUGGGAAUGGUAGCCCUCCGUCUGGUAUGGCGGGUGAGCAAGGAGCAUGGAAAGCAGAGGGUCCAAUCCAACGCCCGGCGGAUGGACGGCGGAGACGAGUCCCUGGAUGGAUGUCAGCGCACCUUCCGCAUCGGAUUCCGUACAAACUGACUGGUACGAACGCCAGUGGAGCUGUGGCGUCCGGCGUCAGUGAUUGUCUUGAGGGUGUAAAGAAAGUAUAUGAAGACAGCGAUAUGAAAACAAGAGACCAUAUUACUGUUGAAAGCUUUCACGUACCGAUACUUACAGAUGAACCUGAGUACGAGUUGGCGCUAGGCUGACUGAUGAACCUAGCAGGCACCUCAGUUUGUAUGCUUAUGAUUGUUUACUAACCCGCAUGAAGUUGUGGUGUGGUUUUGUGCGUGAAUUAAUCCUGGGCGGGCUGGAGUUUGGAUAAGUCCUCUUUCUAAUGAAAGGACGCGUGUCUCACGUGUGCCUAACGAAAACGCUAUCCCGUUGUGAUGCAUGCAGAUGCUACAGAGAAUCUAAUGCCAGCCCUUUGCUUUGGGUUGGUAAGGCAAGGCGCAGGCCAUCCUAACCCGAAACCCAUCGCGAUGAGUUUCACUUAUUUAUUUUACAUGUUCAGUGUUGAUGACUGCAGCGCAGUUGUCCCAAGAUAUGACGUCUUCCAAGACAGUUGUUGUUUUGUAUAUUUUUGUACCGCCGUGUCAGAUACGUUUGUUUAAUACCUGUUUAUUGCUGGUUUCUUCAAUGAAGUAGCCGUUUAGUUUCACAAAUCAACAUUGCGAUGAUUUCAUUGGUCCGAGUCGGCCCUAGUUUUUAAAGCCGUCUGUCAUUGAUCUGUUCUGAGGGACGCUGUUGCUCCUUAACACUGGUUCUGCAGUCGCUGGUGAUCUCUGAGCCUUGGUAGCCAAGAUUAGACUGGGGGUAGGUCUUGGCCUGUGCGAACUAGCCUGGGACUGACUGAACAAACAUUGGAUGCUGGACCAGUAUGUCUCCCAUGAGUUGGGUACCAGUCAGGAUUCUUACCCCAUGCUGUAUCCCUUCCUGCAUUUGCCGGCGCGACUCUGAUAAUGCUCUCUAACACAUGUUUAUCUCCCACUGAAGAUCGCCGUAUAUGUACUAUGGUCUGGCUCAACCGCGGUAUCUCGGCUGUCUGCCUUCACGAUAUCGAACAACGUUAUGUGCCUGGCGAUGGGCGGCCUCGUGCCUUCCUCCGCCGCCGGCCCACCGACUGGAGAGAAUCCAUUCCGUGCGUAGGUAGACGGCGAGUGGACGUUUUGAAUGCUGAGGCCGAGUUUGUUGCGGACAGAGGCCUAGAUAGCGGGUGCCAGAAACGCAGCAAGAGAAGGAUGGGCCGUAAACGUGAGAAGGUAGCCUGAAGGACGUGUUUGAAUUAUUGACUGACAGACGGACCGGACGGACCCGUGGAGGAGCAUAAGAAGGAAAGAGCAAAGACCUACUGACUGGUGGACGGACAGAUGGGAGUCUGCAAUUGCUAGCUGAUAGCGUGUGACUUAUGCUCGCUGUGUACUGUAUCUCGUUGCAAUUCCCUUGCCGUGCGAGAGUUUGCUGUGUUGUUUUGUGUGUGAUCUGUUAGCCUUCGUCUGGUGGGCGUUUGCUGUACCAGGCUUCUCCUUCACGGGAUGUGUUCAGCCUUUGGCCGGGCCGCUUGCACGUGUCGCGUCGUGGCCGCUACUGUUCGCAUAUGAAUAUAUUUGAUAUUGAAA